UUUACCUAAGUAAAGAAGAAGAUCAUUAGAAACUCAAAAAUCUUCAUAAUUUCAACCAAAUUUAAGAAAACAAUGCAAUGUUCUAAAGAAAAAAUUGCAAGGCUAUUCUAUAAUGUCUCAAGUUCAUUUCAACUUUUCCUCAUUUUCUCCUACUUCACUUCUAUUUUACUUAGCAAACUCUUCUACUUUCUUGGCGGAAAUCUAUUUUUCUGGAGGAAUCGAGUUAAUGGAUAUGAAUUUGCUGAGUUUUCAGACGAAGAAAAUGAAUAUAAUUAUCAUAACAAAGCUGAAACAGGGGAGGAAAAACAUUUUCUAGCACACACAUUUGGCGAAAGUGAAAAAGUUGAAUAUAACUUAAAUAGCAGAGUGGCUGAUGAAGGAGAUUCUGUUUAUGCAUCACUAGCUUCAGAAUCUGUUCAUAGUGAUGAUGAUAACGAUGUUGAAGAGAAGAAUCUCAAAUCGAAUACUAACAAAUGUGAUUUGAACAUGAUGGAUAAUGACAUUAAUCAUGGGAAAUUUUAUACAAAAGUCACGAAGGAUAAGAAAGUAAAGAAGAGUAGAAAGUUUUGUAGAGAGGAUAAUUUCUUGGUUUAUGCACCAGCUAAGUUAGAGAGCAAGAAACUCGAAUUUCGAAAAAAGGAGGAUAAUAAUAUUGAUAAAAUAUUUGGAGAUUCUUAUAGUGUUGGGUCCAUUUCUAAGAGUUCUUCUGAAUGGAGAAGCUCCAUUAAAGAUUCGGGUUCAGGAGAAGAAGAUCCGUUUUCUUCUUCUUCAAGAAGAAGUUGCCCCAAAUGGGAAUCUUAUACCGUCUUCCAAAAAUAUGAUGAAGAAAUGCUGUUUUUAGAUAAAAUCAGUGUACAAAAACUCCAUGAAACAGAAUCACUAAGAUCCAUUCAAUCAUGUCCAAGAUCAAUAUCAGACAGGGUUGUUCAUAAAUUGGCGAUGAAAAACAGGAAAUCAUCGGAGUUUCGACACAAUCCAUAUCACGAAUUGGAGGCUGCUUAUGUAGCACAGGUAUGCUUAGCAUGGGAAGCGCUGAGCUGGAAUUACAAAUACUUCAAAAGCCUAAGAGCUUCGCGUCUUGAAGAAGAUCCAGGUUGUCCUGCUUAUGUAGCUCAACAUUUUCAACAGUUUCAAGUGCUUUUACAAAGAUACAUUGAGAAUGAGCCAUAUGAACAUGGUAAGAGACCUGAGGUUUAUGCUAGGAUGAGAAGUUUAGCUCCAAAGUUGCUUCAAGUUCCUGAAUAUAGAGAUUCAGAUGAGGAAAAAGGACAAGAAGAAUUAUGGUCGAGAAUAUCAUCAGAUUCAUUUCUUGGGAUAAUGGAAGAAGCAAUCAGAACAUUUAUGAAAUUCCUCAAAGCAGACAAAGAGAAUCCUUGUCAAUUACUAAUGACAGCUUUCUUUAGGAGAAACAAAAAAGCCUCUACUGACCCUACCCUUCUCCUCUUACUCAAGAAAGUCAACAAAAAGAAAAAGACUAGGGUGAAGGAUAUUGGUAGGUCAGGAAAAUGCAGCUUGGGAAAAAGGAGAUUAAAAGAAGAAGAAGAAAUGGAUAUAUUGAUGGGAUUAAUAGAUUUAAAAGUGGUAUCAAGAGUAUUAAGAAUGAGUGAAGUGAAUGAUGAACAAUUGCAUUGGUGUGAAGACAAAAUGAGCAAAGUCAGAGUUUCUGAUGGCAAAUUACAUAGAGAUGCUUCACCACUUUUUUUCCCAGCACACAUUAGUUGAAUGAUUUUAAGUUUUUUUUU